UUUUUUUGUUACUUUUUCCGGAGUUUGAUCAAAUGCUUUUCAUUUGAAAAGGGAGCUUGCUGGUCAAGAUUUGCACCAACAAUCAGUUUACACAUAGUGUAUAUUGGUCUGAAUACAGAUACUAUUUUUUUUAUUUAUGCAUAUAGAAUUUUAUUUUGUGGUCUGAGCCUUGUGCAGGAAUGUCUGAAAGUAAUAGUAGCAGUAAAGCAGUGAAAUUAUUCGCUCCAGCCCCUUCUCCUUCCUCUGCUUCUCCCUGUCCAUCACCCCAGACCCCUCACAAGAAUGUGAAUGGCUCUGCAAGUUCCGACACACAUUUGGUGGAGAAGCUUGGUGGACAACCGGAGGUCCGACGUAGGCGCCACACGAUGGACAGAGACUCUAAAACAGCCGAGCACCGCUUCUUCCGUCGGAGCGUCAUCUGUGACUCCAACGCCACAGCUUUGGACCUGCCCAGCAAAGCAGCCGUGAUACUCACCUCGCCUCCAGACUUUGAAGGGCGGCCCAUCUUUCUGUCGCCACUGCCUUCAGGGCCUGGACCCGGGGUGCAAGAUGUAGGGGAAGGAGAGGCCUCGAGAGGUUUAUAUUUGCAAGGUGCAGCCCAUCAUCCUUGUCUCGUGGUCAGUGGGGCUUUUGCAGAGGGGCAUGUACAAAAUGCUGAGAAAGAUUUAGGUGUGUGCAGUGUCACGGCUGAAGUUUCCACCAGUAGCAGUGUUGAACAAAGUGCAGAUGAGACAGAAAAAGAGCCCAGCCCGGCAGUAUUGGAUGUUACAGGCAAAACACCAGGCAAGCCGCCAGAUGCCACACUGCUUCCCAGAGGGUGUGAGAGUAGCCAGCAGUUGGUAAAAGAUGAAAAAGUGAUAGAACCGGUCGAAGUUAGUAGCGUUAGUAGUCCGACUGAGGAGAAAGCCAGGGAGACGGAGGAGGAGAAGGGUCUAGCCAAAGCACGAGCUGAGCAGAGAGAAGCUGAGAAACGAGUGCAAGAGGAUAUAGAGGAGGUAGAGACGAAGGCUGUCGGGACUUCCCCUGAUGGACGCUUCCUGAAAUUUGACAUCGAGAUUGGAAGAGGGUCCUUCAAGACUGUGUACAAGGGACUGGACACAGAGACUACGGUGGAAGUGGCAUGGUGUGAACUCCAGGAUCGUAAGCUGUCCAAGUCAGAGCGACAGCGCUUCAAAGAGGAGGCGGGGAUGUUGAAGGGCCUCCAACAUCCUAACAUUGUCCGUUUCUACGACUCGUGGGAGGGACCAUGCAAAGGAAAGAAAUGCAUUGUUUUGGUAACUGAGCUCAUGACAUCUGGCACACUAAAAACCUACCUGAAGCGUUUCAAGGUGAUGAAAAUCAAGGUCCUGCGUUCGUGGUGCAGACAGAUCCUCAAAGGCCUUCACUUCUUGCACACCCGGGCGCCACCCAUCAUUCACAGGGACCUGAAGUGCGACAACAUCUUUAUCACGGGGCCCACGGGCUCGGUGAAGAUCGGAGAUCUGGGGUUGGCCACGUUGAAAAGGGCCUCCUUUGCCAAGAGUGUCAUCGGUACGCCUGAGUUUAUGGCUCCAGAGAUGUACGAGGAGAAGUACGAUGAGUCUGUAGAUGUCUACGCCUUUGGGAUGUGCAUGCUGGAGAUGGCCACCUCAGAGUAUCCAUACUCUGAAUGUCAGAACGCCGCGCAGAUCUACAGGCGGGUUACGAGUGGGGUGAAGCCUGGCAGUUUCGACAAGGUAGCCAUUCCCGAGGUGAAGGAAAUUAUAGAGGGUUGCAUCAGGAAAAACAAAGAUGAGAGGUAUGCCAUAAAGAUCCUGUUAAACCAUGCGUUCUUCCAGGAGGAAACAGGGGUCAGGGUUGAAUUGGCAGAAGAGGAUGAUGGAGAAAUGAUUGCCAUUAAACUUUGGCUCAGGAUAGAAGACGUCAAGAAACUGAAAGGAAAAUACAAGGACAACGAAGCCAUUGAGUUUUCUUUUGACCUGAACAAAGAUGUCCCUGAAGAUGUGGCCCAAGAAAUGGUCGAGUCUGGCUAUGUCGCUGAGGGUGACCAUAAGACCAUGGCCAAGGCAAUCAAGGACCGUGUGUCUCUGAUCAGGAGGAAGAGGGAACAGAGACAGCUUGUACGAGAGGAAGAAGAGAAGCGAAAGCAGGAGGCAGAGCAACUUCUGCAGCAGCAACAGCAGCAGCAACAACAACAAACAACAACAACAACAGCUGAGGCAGAAGAAUCUGAAGUGGAGCAGCAGCAGCUUCACUAUCAUCAGACAGGCAUCCCUCACAUAUCUGAAGGAACUAUGGACAGUGGCCAGGGUUCCUCAGUUUUCUUGGCAGACCUCGCUCAGCUGACCAUGUCGUACAGCUGCCCCCCCUCCUCCCAGCCUCAGACCCCCUACCCCCCCGCCCCGUCUGCUUCCACGCAGCAGCACCCAGGCUACGCCCAGCCGCUGCAGCCAAUGUCUGCGUCGUGUCGCCGUCGAAGUCGUAGCAUGUCCAUUUGCGUCCCCCCCUCCUCCUUCUCCUUCUCCCAUGCUCCUCCAUCCUUGGCAGUUCCUCCAAAGCGGCCCUCCACCCCUCCUCUAGAUCUGUCAUCCUCAUCCUCCUACGUCACCUCUUCCCCUGGCAUGCCUCUCGCUGCUGAGAGAGAUACAUUCGCUGGGCGCCUCUCCAAGGCCCUGGAGACAGUCUUACCCCUUCAGUCUGCCUCUUCUCUGCCCAGGGCCAGGCAGCGGAGGGCCAGCCUGCCUGCCCUGUUCUCCACCCCCCAGCAUUCAAUGCCGCACCCCUACAGUGGAGGAACAAGCACAGGCGGAGGAGCAGGAGGGAGCAUUCCCCUCCCAACUCUUCCUGACCCCACUGCUAUUUUCUUCUCCUCCAUUCCUGAACGCCCCAUUUCUUUCUCACCUCCACCUUCUGUACCUCCAAAGGCCUACAAUACCCAGCGACGCAAGAGCACAUCUAUUCUGGAGGCGCACACUCGUCACUUCCAGCCUGCUUAUGUUCGAUAUGGGGGAAGCUUGCACCCCUAUUCUGGAAUGGAGGCUGUGGAGACCCCGUCUCUGUUUAUGGUGAAUCCUGGUUUUGCGGCAGCCGCUCAAAGACUUGGUGUUGGUGAGACACUGCAUCACCCGGGACAGUCUGACCCAAGUAUGUAUGGCUAUAAAGACAUGAGAGCAGAGCACGAAGAAGUCGUGAGGAGAUUAAGUUUGAAUCAAGCUGCCUUAUUGGACCAUUAUGAAGCAAUGGCAUAUGGAGGAUACCCAAUGACUGCACACCAGCUUGGUCACUUAAGUUAUCAUCAGCAAAGACAAGCAGCUGCUGCUGCUGCUGCUGCUGCUGCUGCGAGUAUGGGUUAUGAUCCUGGUCCUCCACCUCAACCAGGCUUUCUGCAUCCUCACAUCAUGCAAAGAAUGAGUACACACAGUCCCAUCCCUCCACCUUUACCUCCAAUGAAUCCAUCCACUGGUGGCUCCGUCUCGUCCUCUUCAUCCGAGGGCUGCUAUCCUCCACCACAGCAUGCCUCUCCAUCUACUUUCCCGAUUUCUGCACCACCAGUAAUGGCUGAUGCACCACCAUCUUCUGGAAGUGUUUUUGAGUUUCAUUUAGCUGCCACCGCUGCUGCUGCUGCGGCUGCCGCCGGAGACCCAAACCUUCUGGCAUCCAGGCUUUACCGGCCCAGAAGAAGCUCCAUGGACCUCCCCUUGGAGGACAACAGCGGAACUGGAUCAAGCGGAUCGGGCUCAUACAGCCGUCUCCAGCCAGUGACCGAGGAGCUGUACACUUAUGUCAGUCCUGAGCUCCCGUUACCUCCAGGAAAUCUUCUUCUCCACCACACCGGUGUAAUUAUGAAGGACAGAAGCCCCGAACCCUCUAGUGACUCUUUGACCUCUUCUGAUGCAGGAGAAUUCCAGUCACCUCCUCCCCCGCCUCUCAUCCCCUCAUAUGACUCCUCAGCCGCUCAGUCCAUCCCUCACUCAUCCUCCAGUCUGCUCUUCGAUUCAUCGGCAGGAGUGCUCCCCGUAGAACCACAGGGACAUCCACCUUCCAUGCAUAGCUUUCUACCCACCACUCCAUCCUCUGAGCUCCCGCUCGAGGGAACGUCAUCGGCUCAUCUGGAGCCUCUGAUCCAGAGUGCCUGGGCCCGGCAUGGAGGGGUGGUACCAGCCCAACCCGACAUGACAUACCAUGAGUCAUUACUGGCCAUGCAGGCUGCAAACCCCACUCUGAUCCAGACUCCCACACCCCACCAGUCAGCACCAGGAGCCCCCGUCGUCCCCUCCACCUCCCAGCCAGCUCCACCUGGGAUCCCCCAACAAGUCGUUUCAUCCAGUCAGGCUAGUUCAUCAGUUCAGAGUCCCACACACACCACUCUGCCUCAAGGGUCUUCACAGCCCAGUAUAACUCCUCCUUCCUCUACUGUGACACUCCCCUCUCCAUCAUCGUCCCUUUCUAUUCCCAUGGCGACAGCGGCUGUGGCUUCCUUACCUUCUCCCCUGACACUCCCUGUUGGGGUGUUUUCUACUUUUGUUUCCCCACCUCUUCUUCCUCCUCCUCCUCCUCCUGUGUCCACACCUGUGCCUCAGCCAUUGGCCACCAUGGUGCCAAUCAUCAGUGUAGUCUCCGCCCCACCUGACACUCCUGUGGAAGAACUUCCCCAGUCUGCCUCUCAGUCUUCAGAGCUGUCCCAGUCCCAACUACCGCUGCCUCACGUCCUCUCAUCUAUAGAGAGUGGCCACUCUGAGACCUCAGGUCUGAGUGACGGCAACGAGGGAGGAGGGGGAGGUCGCCAUGAAGGUCGCUCCACCAAGCGACACCAGAGACGCUCCGUGCGAAGUCGAUCACGUCAUGAGAAGAUCUCCAAGGCGAAACUCAAUGUUCUCAAUAUCUCCAACCGAGGAGACAGAGUCGCUGAGUGUCAGCUGGAAACGCACAACAGGAAGAUGGUGACCUUCAGGUUUGACCUGGAUGGCGACAACCCUGAGGAGAUUGCUCAGAUCAUGGUACUGAGUGAGUUUAUCCUGGAGAGUGAGAGGGAGUCGUUCAUUGAGCAAGUCAGAGAGGUGAUACAGAACGCUGAUGAGAAGGGUCUGGAGAGAGAUGCAAACAACCAGAUGUCAGGUGGUACGGUGCAGCAGAUUCCUGCAAUAUCUGUCCCCAUGCCAGAUAUCCCUGCCAGUCCGUCGGCACAAGUGGUUCAUUCAGCCGGUCGGAGGUUCAUCGUGAGCCCCGUACCUGAAGACAGGCUGAAGGAGCAAGUGUUUCCCACGUCUCCUCCUCCUGCCGCUCGUGGAACUAGUAAAGAUUGUCCACCUGAGAGUCCAGGUCAAGGUUUUCCGUUGUCCCAGUCUGCAGGAGCAAUCAAUUUACAACAAGCCUUCUCUGAGCUUAGACAGAACCAGAAUCAGUUUGAUGAGGGCCCCAGCACUGCCCCAGCCGCCAUCCACUCCACACAUCCCGCUCUACAACCUUCAGCUGCCUCUGUCCCCGCACAGGCUACCACAGCUUCCUCUACUGAUUCUACUGCUGGGAUUGUCCCGUCUAAUUUAAACAAGGCACAGGAGCAGGUCUUGGAUGCCUCUCCUUCUCCCCAUUCCUCGUCCUCCACCCCCUCAUCUGUGCCUGCUGCCUGUCUCAGUCCUCCUUGUUCCUCCUCUCCUCCACCCACUUUUGUGAAUCAGCCCAUGCUCCCGUCACAGGUACUUACACAGGCGGGGACGCAGGAUGUGUCCCAGGUCCAGGGACAAGCACAAAUUCAGCCCCAGGCUUUCCCCCUGCCUCAGUCCCAGACUGUUUCAGCUGUCAGUCCUACCGCAGUACCUCCCACUUUGGCACCGGCAAGCAUCUCCAACAUCUCCCCAACAAUGCUUACCUCCCCUCCCAAUGGCCACGCUGUAUCCUCCCCUCCAUCCUCCACUCUCACAGCCAGUGAAGUGUCCUCCAGUCAUCUGCCCAUGUCAUCAUUUACUCCUUCCCUCUCCUCUUCUGUCAUCGCGACGACUGCCAUCCCAGGCCCACAACUUACCCCGUCUGCUGCCUCCCUGCCCAGUCCCCCUUCCUCCUCUACUUCUGUGGGGCUUCAGCCGGUGACCACAAAUGUUCCUACAGUCCAACCGACCUUGGUCCACUCUCAGCCUCAGACAGCAGCGCUGCCUGGGCAGACCCACACACACUGUGGGGAAUGUGAUGCAAGAUGUGAGGUGUUGGCUGAGUCCCAAGGUAAACCGGACGACAUCCAAGCUCUGGAGAAGAAGCUGCGGUCUCUCUUCAUGGACCUUGGUGGAGGAGUUCCCUCCACCCAGGGAGACAUCUUAGCUGCUGACAUUGCCUCUGUGGCUGGUACCACAUCCCCAGGGGGGCCCAACUCUACCUCCACCUCAUCUGUCACCACACCUGGCUCCAGUCUGCCAACCAAUCCUCUUCAGCCCCCUUCCAGCCUCGCACUGGGGUCACUGGGGUCGCCUGCUCCUGUCCAGGGACCCGGGACACCUAUUUCCACUCCAGUACAGAUGGGCAUCCCUGCCUCAUCCUUUGCCCAGACCACUCCAUCUAAAACCCCCCUAUCCAGGGUCCCGGCCAGUUCGUCUCCUUCAGAACUCCCGCCAUCCUUCCCUGGACCUUGUCCUACACAGUCCCAGCAGCCACUGGAGGAUCUGGAUGCACAGUUGAGGAGAGCUCUAAGCCCAGAGACUGUUCCUGUCAGCUCACACUCACAGGCUUCUCACAGCAGCAUACCUGGACUAGGACAGCCAAUAUCUUUCUCUCUGGAUGAAGACUCUGUGUUCUCUCCUCCUGUUUCUCCUGCUGGUGGAAUAAAACUGGGAAGAUUUCAGGUCUCGUUGGCGAAUGAAGAGCACCCAGUCCAGCGCCAGACCUGCACUGAAUCAUCCACCACAUCUUCAUCCUCGUCCUCUUCCUCCUCGUCCUCCUCCCUUUCCAGCCCAGAGAACACACUGCAUAAGAACUCGUCUCCCCUGAAAAGAGCGGCAGGACAAAGAGGAGACAUUGUGGACGGACUCCCCCAACGGGCCUUGAUAACAUCUCAACAGUCCACCCCCUUUACCUCCCCCUGUCCCUCCCCUAAACCCACAGCUACCAUUGGACGUUUCCAGGUCACCUCCAAUGCUGAGGCUCGCGUUGGUAGAUUCUCGGUCAGUCGCGCCCAGGAGCAGAGCGCAGAGUCCAGGCAAAACCCUCCACCCGCUGUCCAGACUGCAAACGGAUCCAGUCGUCCUGGACAGAUUUUGACACCAGACUCCCCUCAUAAAUCCUCCCUGCUGAGUCUGAACAACAAUAACUCCUUCAACAACUCCUACAUCAGCAGCGAUAAUGACUCAGAAUUUGAGGACGAAGACUUCAAACAUGAAGUCACCCGCCUCAGAGAAAAGCACAUGCGUGAGAUUCAGGCCCUCCACUCCCGUCAGAAAGAGGAAAUAGACAGUCUCUUCACCAAGCUGGGAAAGAUUCCUCCGGCUACAGUGCUUCCUCCUGUCGUGGCUUUGACUGGCAGGAGGAGACGGCCGACGAAAAGCAAGUCCUCCAAAUCAUCCAGAAGCAGCUCCAGACAGGGCAGCAAGAGUCCAUUACAGCCAGGCAGCACUUUAUCCGCCCAGAGUGUCCCAACCAUGCAUCCCGGACAGCUGGCUCUGUUAGCCCCAGGAGGAUUAGCUGAUUCGGGCAGCAUCCCUCUGCCCCAGCCACUCAAAACCUCACCCUCCAGUGAUAACCUGUGUUCGGCCUACACUAGUGAGGCCGCACUCUCUAUGCCCAGCCUGUGUGCUCCCACCCCAGGCUGUGUAAAGUUCAGCUGGGGUUCGGAGCGUUUGGCCUUCAAGCCUGGUGGCAGGAGGACGCGCUUUCUGAGUACGCCCUGCUUGGCUCUUUGGAAGAUGGUGAAAAAAGUCUGCCCCUGCAACCAGCUGUGUAGGACGAACAGCACCAACGCUGUGAGCGGUUCAGGCGGCCUGUGCCAGAGUCAGACGGGUUCUCAGUAUCUGCCCUCCAGCAUGACGGUGCCGCAUCAGAGGAAAGGAACCUUCACCGACGACUUCCAUAAACUGGUGGACAACUGGGCCAGAGACGCCAUGAACCUCUCACAGGGUAAGAGGAGUGCCAAACAGCUGCCGCAAGCUCCAGCACAGGGACACAGCUACGAGGUCAUUCAGUCAGCAGGUCUGGGCAGGAAGUACUCGGCUCCCAGUCAGCUGUGUCCCAGCAGCAUCGGAGGCUCUGCACACCUCCCCACAAACCCCACCACCACUACCUCUACCUCUGUGGCCACCCGCAAGGGCUCCCUGAGCCACGCCCCCGCCGCCUCCACUCCGCCCCAACCCCAGCCGCCUCAAUUCAUACACUACAACCCCACCCCCGCCUACAGCGCACAGUGGUCUGGUCCAGGUUUGCCAACGCCACACCAGGCUGCAGCACAGCCUGGACCUCUGCUGGUCAGCACUUCCCAGCCCCUGGGCCCCUACCCCACACCACAGGGCCAUAUUCCCGGGCAGGGGCCAUUCCAGGCUUUCCAUGUGACCAACGCUUUGCAGAAGUCUGUCAGCAACCCAGGAGGACCCAAUCUGAGGACCACGUAGGGCUGGGGGUGAGGGCCAUUGUGAAUCACUGCCCGACUGGCCUGAACUGGUGUGGAGCGGAGCGUUUCAGCCAGAGGGGACAGCUAGAACUGGAGUGGGUAAAGUGUCAGAAGCUGAUCUGUCCGAGUGGAGGAGAAACAGGAUGGAGGAGAGGAGGGAGAAAUGGCGGCUGCGAUCACCUGUGCUUUACUUCGUACGCGUGUGUGCAGCUGCUGCAGACGCAGCCAUGUAUCGGAUCUUCCCACCUGCUGUUUACCGACCGCGGGCCUGUGAUGGCUGCCAAAUACUCGAGGACAAAGGAAAAGACUGAUGAGUGCAAUGUUGAACGGCCAAAGAGGUUCUGACAGGGUAUGGGACUGGUGUUGGUGACUAUGUUUGUGUGCCGUGCCGUGUAUGGGCUUUCAUGACAGGGUCACACUUGGAGUUUGUAAGUCCAUACAUGACGGCGCGCACACACACACACUUUGUCUGUCUUUUGGUAGACAGCAGUGGGAGGAUAAAAAUGAAAGGUUGAACGGGAAGAAGGUGGUGAUGUGAAUGUCUGCCGCUAAAAGGCUUUGAUAUGAAAAGAUCUGUGAUUAUUACUAUCGUCAGUGAAAACAGUCCAGUUCAGUAUUCACAUUUUUUUUCUCCCAAACCAUUAAAAGCACAAUAGGAUAGGACAGCGAGAACAAAGUGAAUUCAUGUAAGUGAGAAAAGUCCACAGAUCAGCACUCGGUGUAGUCGUGAGAGAAGUCGUGGCAGCUUCUCUGUGUGUUGUUGCUCCUCGGUACUGACAAGUCAUUCAGAGAGGAGGAGGAGGAGGAGGAGGAGAUGGAGAGACGAUGGCAGGACAAGUUAGAGAGAGAGAGAGUUUGUAUAAAAGCCAAACACCAAACUGUUCCCUCUGCUUACGUCAGGAGCGUUUAUUGAAAAAGCACUUAACAGACGUGACGAAUGCUCCCGCGAACAUCUCGUCUGUGUCACGACUCCUCCUCCUCCUUCCCUCCGUCCUCCUCCUCCUCCUCCUCCGCCUCC